CGUUCAGCCGUCCAUCCGUGAUCCGUCAGUUGGUUAGUCACACGGGAGGCGCGAUCACGUGCGCUAAGUGUACCGCUGCCGCUCGCUCACCUCCCUCCUUGCACUAUAACGUGUUCGAAGUUUCGUUGUAUUCGCGAGUGCUAAAUUUUGCAACAUUCGUACUAGAAGGCCGUGCCCGUAUUGAGAAAUACACAAACGUCGUGAUUAUGGAAAAUUGAGUUUUGUUUUGAGUUGUGCGAAUUUUAAACAAUGUUGUCGAUGGAGUCGCUGUGGUGCAGCUCCGAGUCGGAACUGUCGACGCUGAGGAUGUGCAAGAGUGUCGAGAGGUCGGAGAGGUUCAAGAGGAAGCCCUCCAAGAGUUUGAUCCCUCAGGGCCUCUUGCACUCGCACCCGGAGCCCCAACACCGCCACCAUAGACAACGCCGGUCCGGUACUUGGCCGCGGACGAGGUCCCUGAAUGCGCCGUCCCCGAUACAGCAAUUUGGACCAUGUGGCAGAAUAAUGAAGAACUCUGCAAUGGUUAUGCAGAUCCAGGACCCCGCGUCGCAGAGGCUCACGUGGUACAAGCCGCCGCUCACGGUGCUCGUGAUCAAGAAGAUACAUGACGCCACCAUCAUCACGCCGUUUGUACAGCUCGUACAUUGGCUUGUAAAUGACAAGAGCAUGGUAGUGUUCGUCGAGGCGUCCGUCCUCGAGGACCGCAUACUCUCAGAGUACGGGAACUUCAAUGCAGUCAAAGAGCGCUUGAUGACCUUCCGAGCGGGCACGGACGACCUGACGGAUAAGAUCGACUUCAUCAUAUGCCUCGGUGGUGAUGGCACGCUGCUGCAUGCUAGCUCGCUGUUCCAGCAAUCGGUCCCUCCUGUUAUGGCAUUCCACUUGGGUUCGUUAGGGUUCCUCACCCCAUUCGAAUUCAACAAUUUCCAGGAGCAAGUUAUGAAUGUGCUAGAAGGUCACGCAGCCCUAACGCUCCGGUCGCGUCUCCAGUGCGUGGUGCUAAGGAAGAGCACGGAAGACAACAAGAACAAGAAGAAACCCACAACUAUCCUGGUGCUAAACGAAGUGGUGGUUGACAGAGGGCCUUCUCCGUACUUGUCGAACAUAGAUCUGUUCUUGGACGGGAAACAUAUUACGUCUGUGCAAGGGGACGGGCUCAUAGUAUCAACGCCGACGGGCAGCACUGCGUACGCGGUGGCGGCGGGCGCGAGCAUGAUCCACCCGUCCGUGCCCGCCAUCAUGGUGACGCCCAUCUGCCCGCACUCGCUCUCCUUCCGACCGAUCGUCGUGCCCGCGGGCGUUGAGCUCAAGAUUUCGCUGUGUCCUGAUGCUCGGAAUGCAAUGUGGGUGUCCUUCGAUGGCAGGAAUAGACAAGCGCUCCAACAUGGUGAUAGUCUAUACGUGACCACGUCAGUGUACCCGGUGCCGUCGAUAUGCGCGCUGGACCAGAUCUCGGACUGGUUCGACUCGCUCGCCGAGUGCCUGCACUGGAACGUGCGCAAGAAGCAGAAGCAGAUGGACGAGCUCAGUGACGUCACGCAGUCCUCCAGCGACACGCUCGACGAGAUCGACAACCACGACGAGCGGCCCGCCGACACGUGACCAGUGUGCCUUUAUGUUUGACGCUCUAUCGAACUUGUGAUAGUCUAUGGUUUUGUUUUCGCGCGCUUUCGUUUUAAACGUGUGAUUUUAAAUUUAAAUGUAAUUGUAAGAUUACGGAUGCACUUAUUAUUAUAUUGUUGUGAUUGAUUUGACGCAUAUUAUUUAAAUCAAAUUUUACGUAAAUUACAAUGUUCGUUCAAAUUGUGGUAUGUUUGUGGAGUUGCAGGUUUACACGCUAUGAAAUUCAAUGUGAAGACUGUCAACUGUUUUUUAGCUAUUAUCGAUAUUUUUCAUCGAUUUUUAGAUUACCGGUUUUAAAUAAAUCGUUUGUAAGGUUGCUGAAGGUAUUAAAUGACUUUUUAUCUUUAUUAUAUUGUAAAAUGUACGAUAAAUUUUACAUGAUCUUUUAUCGGAUUUUAAUUAUUGAAAUAAUGAAACCCGUGUUAGUGUUUUAAGCGCUAUUAUUGUGCAAUAGUAUCAUUGUGAUGGAUAAAAUAUAAUGAAUACAACAUCUUGUGUUCAACUUUAUAUUACAUGACAUUCCCCUAGGCAAUUAUUUUAUUGAUUGGAACUUGAAUGAAAAAUGCUUUUCUAUGACUUCAAAUACUUACAAUCUCAAACUCAUAAUACUUACAAUCUUAUUGAUCACGUACAAUUGUCUAUGAGAAGUUAUAUUUUUCGUUUUUGUGUUUUGAAAAAUAAAUUUAUUAUAUAAUAAUAAAAAUGGAACGAUUUACGAUUUUGUUUUGCCUUUUCGUAUAAAUGAUAAAUACAUAAUAUAUUAUGUACAGGCUCAAGUUUAAAUGGCUAUAAUGUAACAUGACACUAUAUGGUGGUAGCGGUGCUUUGAUUAUGUAUGUAAAACUAUGUGCCAAGGACAAAUGUUGAGAUAUGUAGCACAAAUGGGACAGAUAAAUAUUAGUAUGGAGGAUACAUUAAUAGAAUAUAUUAUUUAUUUAAAUAAUGAUGUUUUCAUGAAAAUUGUACAAAAUAAUUGUUCUUAUCUACCACAGACUUGUAAUUAAAUUGAUGAUUUUUGAUUUUAUAGUUUUAUUUUUAUUAAUGUUUAUUUCUCGUUCUCGGCUGCAACCCGCAACUAGUUCUAUUCAUCAAAUAAUGUUACAAAAACUAGGUAGGUAUGUCUAUGAAAGAUUAGUUUAAAUAUUUUGUUCUACAGAAACUUCCGCAUUUCUAUUAAAUGAUUCUGGUUUGUGGUAGAUAACAAUAAUAAAAUAAAUAACAUUUUCUUAUUCAAUCAUUACUUGAAGAAAAAUAAAUUUGUUUUUGGAUUAUACAAAUUUGUUUAUA